AUGCGGGACCUCAUCGAAGCCAGGUACCCCAGUCAUGGAAUCAUCGGUGAAGAAUUCGGCAGCCUCCGACCGGAUGCGGAGUGGGUGUGGGUCUUGGAUCCCAUCGAUGGCACCAAGUCCUUCAUCACGGGGAAGCCCCUCUUUGGCACCCUCAUCGCGCUGCUGCGCAAAGGGGUGCCCGCGCUGGGCAUCAUUGAUCAGUGUGUGCUGCGCGAGCGAUGGCUUGGUGCCAACGGCCGGACGACCCUGAACGGCCAGCCUGUCAAGGCCCUUGGUGCGGGUCGUUUGGAGGAGGCGAUGAUGUACGCGACGACGCCUCACAUGUUCGGUCCGGGGCUUGAGGAGCAGCGCUUCGCAGCUCUCAGGGCUUGCGUCAAAAGGCCCCUCUACGGCUGCGAUUGCUAUGCCUAUGGACUGGUGGCGGCUGGGUUCGGAGCCGAUCUCGUGGUCGAGGCAGACCUAGGAAUCUAUGACUACUGCGCCCUGGUGCCAGUGGUCAACUGUGCCGGUGGGCGGAUGACGGACUGGCGAGGCCGUGAUCUAACUCUGCAGUCCCACGUGUUUUGGCUGCUCCUUUUGGGCUUGAACCUUUGGGGAGAGCCGGACUCACACGGCUAA